AGUGAUAAGAACGGGUCGCACAGUUCCGAACGAGAAGACACCAUGAAAAAGACUGUUGGCGCAGCACUAGUAGCAACAGGCUUAGUCCUUGGCUUAGGCUUAGUAUUUAUAAAAUUCAACGAAGAAAGUGAACCAAAACCGUACGUGGAUCAUUGUAGAAUAGAUAAGCUAACUCCAUCGAAGUUCGCACUUGACGAAGGUGAAACGUACAAGAGUUUGUGGCCUUGGAGUGCAAAUAUUUACAUUUGGACGACCAAAAUAAAUUCGGUUACCUUGGACUACACCUGCACUGGAACGCUGAUUAGUGAAAAGUUUGUUCUGGUAGCUGAACACUGCCUGAUGGACGAAAGUAACGAAACGAUAAAAAGUGGAAAUAUUGUAGUUGAGUUAGGAAUUCGCAUUGCGAAGGCAGACAACGACAUUGUUGCUACUGAACACGAUGUUUCAAGUGUUCAUCGUUAUGGAGAGAUAGAUUUAGAUCGGAAUAGUCAUUUUGCUAUUUUGGAGUUAUCUGGUGAUGUGACCUUCAAUGAAAAAAUUUACGCAGCCUGUUUGGCCCAAGACAUUGAUUACUCACUAGUAGAUGGUCCUUAUGUUGGUUGGAUUCGGAGACCCAAUCAAGCAGUUGAAGAUGAAGAUGCAUUUGAAAUGUUCAAGUAUGACUGGGGAUGCUUCACAUUAUUCAACAAUAAUGGCAGUUUGUCGCGCUGUAAAGCUCGCGAUGGAACAGCACUGUGUCUCACCGAAAGCACGGGUAGUCUGUUUUACGAAAUCAACGAAAAUUUGUACUUUGUUGGAAGUUAUACGAAGGAAGCCGGCAACGAGUGUAAUUCCUUCUCGAUGGCAGUGUUCACCAAUUCGUGGUUGACUGCCCAAUGGAUAAACGAAAAAACGAAGCUAAAUUUACUAAGAGUGAUUGAAAGGAAAACAUCACAGGAAGUACAGUUCACCGCGCACAACAACUCCAUUUUGCCAAAGGAUUGUGGAAAGUUAAAUCAAGAUCAAAGUGGAAAACAGCAACUUUGUAACUUUCCUUGGAUUGCCCUUUUGGGUUUUUAUGAUAUGGCUCUUGAAAAAAAUAAUUUCUUUUGCGUUGGAACAAUCAUAAACAAUCGCUACGUUAUAACUUCUAAAGAAUGUGCCAACUUCAAAUACUUUUUCGUACGAUUAGGAGGCUGCAGGUUGCGUUCCAAUUGUGACAGCAAUGAUGUAACGAAAUGCGAUCUUCCCGGGCAUGAUUACGAGGUGGAACAUAUCGUUGAACAUCCCCAUAUGAAUAGCAUCGUUUUGAUACGUUUGGAGAAGGACAUUCUUUUCUCUGAUUCAACUCAACCGGCUUGUUUGCCAACGACUGAAAAUUUGGGUGGGGAAAAAUCCUCCCGAUAUACGCUCGUAACGAUGACUCAGAGCGCUCAACCGAUACUGGAACCGUUCGAAGUGGUAGAAAUAGGGUUUCCCGAAUGCAACGAUAAUUUCGUAGAGAAACAUAACCCUAAAGAGUUGCUUUGUACAGAAGGUGUAGGAUAUCAUGUAGAUAAGCAUAGAGGUCAUCUUGGUAGAUUUGUCAAACCCGAUGGUCAGCUGAGAUUCGUGUUGUAUGGUAUUAAUAUUGAACACUAUUCCGAGAGGUUUCCGUUAAUUUAUUUAGGAAUUAAACGUUAUGUGGAUUGGAUUGUGGCUUACAUGGAAAAAUAAUUCAAUUGAAUCUUAGUUUUUUAAACCAUAAAUUCACUGUAACAUUUUUUCAAAGGCAUUAAAAAAGGCGAUGUGAUAAACUCAUUUGCAUCAAAUUUGAUAUCCAAGUAUUGUGUUCAGAGCAAAACGUUCAUAUUUUAAGUUAGGUUUUGGAAUUAAUUUCCAUUAUUGAAGAAUUCAAGAAAUAAACUAAACCUUGUAUAAUUUCAAA